AUGCGGCCCUGGAAGCACAUCGGGCCCCAUCCACGACAGCGAAAGCAGUGGACAGGGGAAAGCUUGGCUCGCGAACGCGGCGCCUCUCUGAAGUACGCGUCCGCAACUCUCAAACCUGAGAGCAGAAAGGUGGAGCUCUUCCUCGAGUUCUACACGCAGCAGAUCGUCAGCCUCGUCAACAACGCGGGCCUGCGCGUGGAGAACAAGUCCGUACGGCGAAUCGCGGCCGGUAAGGUGGGCUGGAACUCCACCGAGUCCGGCUGGGACUCCGCGCUACUGCGGCCGCCGCAGGACCGGCGGCGGCGCGCGCGGGAUCCGGCGCACCGCCGGCGCGUGGAGAGCUCCCCCGGCGGCGGCGCGCCCGCGGACGCCGCGGACCCCGCGUCGCUGCCCGUGCGCCGCGACGCGGAGGGCUCCCCGCGGCAGUGCAUCUC